UGUGCUGCUGCGCCGGCUAUUUAUCUUAAAAGUCGUGACUCUCCCGUUUACACUGGUAGUUAGGUUAUUAGACGGUUCCUGGUAUACCCGGCGCUGCUUUCCAAGCCCGUGUCCUUUCAUUACCCCCUGGAAAGAGAGCCUUUCCUCUUUCGGUUCAUCGCUAAUUGUUAUUUUUGUAUAUUUGCUUUAUUUUUAUACGUUAUUUAGUGAGACAGAAUGUCGAGCGAAAGCCCCGAAUACUCACCGUUCUUCGCAGUGAUGGGAGCCUCCGCGGCUAUGGUGUUCAGCGCCUUGGGAGCAGCCUAUGGCACAGCUAAGAGCGGCACAGGUAUCGCUGCCAUGUCUGUGAUGAGGCCGGAGCUCAUUAUGAAGUCAAUAAUCCCCGUUGUCAUGGCUGGUAUUAUAGCCAUCUACGGCCUGGUAGUAGCUGUGCUGAUUGCCAACAAUCUCUCAGAAAAGAUCACUCUAUACAAGAGUUUCCUCCACCUUGGCGCUGGACUCAGCGUGGGCCUCAGUGGGCUGGCGGCAGGUUUCGCGAUCGGCAUCGUGGGCGACGCCGGUGUGAGGGGCACGGCUCAGCAGCCACGGCUUUUUGUGGGCAUGAUUCUCAUCUUGAUUUUUGCUGAGGUCCUGGGUCUCUACGGGCUCAUCGUUGCCCUUAUCCUCUCCACGAAGUAAAGCAGCUCCAUUACAAGAUUGGUCCUUCAUGUUGCUGCUGGAGAAAGUGUAAAAAAAAAAAAAAAAAAAAAAGAAUCUGCCAUGCAAAAUGAAAGUUUGAGGAAAUGAAAUAUGAUAGCUCCAUAAAUAUGGUCUUUUCUCAACAAUGUGUACAGUUGUUCCAAUUUGAAAGUCAACUUGUAAAUGCGCAAUGUAGUGAUUUGUCAGUCUUGUGUGCGUGUGUUUAAAAAAGAAAAGAAAAAUUGUAAGAUGAAGACUCCUUCUCCCCCUCCACUUCUUUCAGGCUUUAGGCCAGCUGGGGCAGCUUGACCUUUGGUCUUAGAGAGCUGACCAAAGGGCCACACAGCCUUUUCUUCCUCCCACAUCAGCCUGGGAGCUGUAAUAAUCUUGAGGAUCUAUUUGUAAAGACAAACGUGUAUGGACUUAAGAUUUUUGUUCCUCUGAUUUUAUUUAUAAUGACAUGUUCGUUGAACUGUUGAAAUGCAGCAAAUGUCUAAUUGUCCAUGAUAUAUACAUAUAUAAAUAUAUACAGAGAUAAAUAUCACUAGAUUUCAUGCACUGUGGGUUAAUUGUGAUAAGUGGCUGGAUCUCAUCUGGGUGUAAUUCUUGGUCUUGAUUAAGGUUGCCUUUAGUAUGUUGCUGGUGGAGUGGGAUUAUGUAUGUAGCUGUAUUCUAAUCAUUACGCGAACAUUUUCAAACGUCAGUGUUUUUUCUUGUACUGCUGUUUGCAUUAAAGACGUGUGUGUGUGUGUGUGUGCCCCACGUUGGGUCUCACUGCUGUAAUUUCCACAUUCCAUCUCAUUCACGACCUCCUGCUUCAUCUGUGACUGUACCUCAUCUCUGCCUCAUUCCAGGCAUUAAAAACCCUGCAUGGGAUUCAGUGUUUUCUUGCUGUUGGACUACUUUCAGAAAACUUCAUCCAGAUCAAAAUACAACUUUAAUAUCAAGAUUUGAAAUUGCACAAGAGAGCUUGACUCGUUUGCAUUGUGCAGCACAAAUCAAGAUGCAAUUAGCUUUAAAUUUAGUAUUUUUAUGCAGUUAAUUCUGGAUCUGGAGCAUAUUUUCUGGAAAUAGAACUUACUGAAACGCCCAUCAACAAUCCUGUACAAGCUCUGGAUGUAUCAACAAUUCCUCAAUUAAAGAUUCCAACUUUUAAGCGA